CUCAACAAAUAAAAAUUAAAUACUUAAUCCCACCCAUUAUGUCUGUUUUUUUUUAUGAAUAAACUUUCAGUGUAAUAUAUUUUUAGGAUUAUUUUUUUGGCACGGUUGUGAUUGUGAGGUUAAGUUGUUUUUUGUUUUCGUCCUGCCACGUUAAGCGAACGUUCCUCGGUAUCAACAUAAGCAACCCUUUUUCACUAUGCCAGUUGUCAUCUAAUUUGAAAUAAUACUAAUAAUGACGGCUUUCUUAAUAGAGCUAUCAAAUAAUGAGCGUUAGUAGCUUUGAUCUAAUAAGUGUAUUGUUAAGUAUAAAUAACUUGAUAGAUUGAAUUUUCGUUCGCCACUAGUUAGAUCUGAAAUGCUGAUUCUAAAAAAUUGAAUAGUGGACAGUCUACAUGAGUGUUCAAAGGGCAACAAGUAUAUUUUAUUAUAGGUCACACUUAUCGUUUCGACUUCUUGUUGACGCAAAUCGAUACGUUUCAAAUGGCCUUGGCAACGGGCCUAUAAAAUACAAAGUCCAAGGUUUACUGCUAGCUGCUCGAGAUAUUCAUAGGAGUCGGGCAAGUGUGUUAGGAAAGUCUAGAAGCAAAAUCUUACGGCGUAACGAUAUAAUUUACACAAUGGCAGAAAAAAAGAAAGUCUGUAUUGUUGGAUCUGGUAAUUGGGGCUCUGCCAUCGCCAAGAUUGUCGGCUACAACGCGCUGCGGCACAACUCGCUGAAUGAGUGCGUCACUAUGUAUGUGUACGAGGAGCUGGUGAAUGGCCGCAAGCUCACCGAGAUCAUCAACGAGACCCACGAGAACGUCAAGUACCUUCCUGGCCACAAGCUACCCCCCAACGUGUUGGCAGUCCCGGAUGUGGUGCAGGCUGCGCAGGGUGCGGACGUGCUCAUCUUCGUGGUGCCGCACCAGUUCAUACGGGGGCUGUGUGCGUCCCUGCUGGGCAAGAUCAAGCCCACCGCGGUCGGGUUGUCGCUCAUCAAGGGCUUUGACAUUGCGGAGGGCGGGGGCAUCGACCUCAUAUCGCACAUCAUCACGCGACACCUCAAGAUACCCUGCAGUGUGCUGAUGGGCGCAAACCUUGCCGGGGAGGUGGCAGAGGAGAAGUUUUGCGAGACCACAGUCGGAUGCAGAGACAAGGCGCUGGCGCCGCUGUACCGGGACAUCAUCCAGACAGACUACUUCCGGGUCGUGGUCGUGGAUGACGUGGAGGCGGUGGAGGCAUGCGGGGCCCUUAAGAACAUCGUGGCGUGUGGUGCGGGCUUUGUGGACGGCAUGGGUCUCGGCGACAACACCAAGGCGGCCGUGAUCCGCCUGGGGCUCAUGGAGAUGAUACGCUUCAUAGACGUGUUCUAUCCCGGCUCGAAGCUGUCCACCUUCUUCGAGAGCUGCGGCGUGGCGGACCUCAUCACCACCUGCUACGGCGGCCGCAACCGCAGGAUCUCGGAGGCCUUCGUGCGCACCGGCAAGCCCAUCGUGGAGCUGGAGCGGGAGCUCCUGAACGGCCAGAAGCUGCAGGGACCAAUCACAGCGCAGGAGGUGAACCACAUGCUCCGGACCAAGGGCAUGGAGGACAAGUUCCCACUGUUCACGGCCAUCCACAAGAUCUGCAUUGGGGAGAUGAAGGCGACACAGUUCAUCAACUGCAUCCGUGAGCACCCGGAGCACAUACCCAAGAACUGAACGAAACCUGCAUUGAAGACACGCUUGAGUUGUUCACAGGGUACAGCGAUUCAAGAGCAUAGGCAGCACUUAGCAUUUAGUUAGUGAUUAUUAUCCCAGUUAUUUUGUCCUGCAUUCCCAAGUACUGUGAUCUUAAGGUGUUUAGUAAUGAAUUAAUUGUCGUGUUACAAGUUACAAUCAUUCUUUUCGUAGUCGGUGAUGGGGUCACGUAUGUCAGUUUCUGGAUGACAACUGCCAACAUCAAGUUACAGGGAAAUAAAACCUAACUUGAAUGUAUUAAUUAUUAAAUAACAAAAAUACAAACUAAGCAUAAUCUUAUAUUUUAAAUUAGUCUUCAACAAAGUCUAGCUUAGUGCAUAACUCUUCAACAGAUUACCCUCCUCAAGUUGUAACUUAAAGAGAAUAUUAUUAUUAACUGUAGUAGUAGCAACAGCAAUCAUUACCACAAUAGCUCAAUGCAAUGGACACAAAACAAAAUAUUUUUCUGACCUCUUACAACACCUCUAUGCCAGCAGGACAAAAAUGGCAGACUUGUCAGAUUUCUCAACUAAAAUUAUUUUCUAUUUCCAUCGCAUUGCAGGCGUGACAUUACUAAUGAUCAUCAGGAAUUUUUUCCCAAUAGAUGGUUAGACUAAUGCAUCGGUAAUACUACAGUUAUUUGUGUAUUUUCUAAAAAGUUUAUUUAUUUAUUUUUUUAAAUUAUUGAAUUGUGUACAAUGAAUGUUCAAUUUGAAUUAAAUAUUUUUCUCUUAAACAAGUCGAUUAAAAUAUUUAUGGUAGUCGUAUGUUUGCUGUGUACAUAAUGGCAGGAAAUAUUUUAUACGUAAUUCUUUAAUUUUUGUUCGUUGCUUAGGUAGAAAUAGCAUGUUCAUACUGACAUGAUACUUUGCUGUUGCAUUGUGCUAUUGUGAUUUCACUAUUCGUCAUGGUCAUUAAGUCUUUCUUCUGGCAGUUGAAAGCAUUUGAAGUAUAUUCAGCACUAGGAAUACUUUGUAUUAUUGUUAGUUUUAUUUUAAAUCUUAAUUAAUUACUAAUGUAGUUUUCAUGUAGGUAAUUAAUUAUAUCAAUUAAUUAUUGUUGCAUUGAUAAAAUAUGAAAUGACAAACAUUAUUCUUCAUGUUCAGCUACUGACAGACCAAUCACUAGUGGAUAUGAGGUGAGGUCAUCAUUUUAAUGAGAAGUAUGUAAGAUCUUAAAAUUUAUUUUUGUUACGACUGCGAGUAUCACUGCCCAUGUGUGCUGUCGAAUUGAAGGCUGAUGUUAGUCCUUCAGAAAAAGUUACUAAGCCAAAUGAAUAAUUAAAUAAUUAGUGACUUAAAAGUUAGCAGCUGUUGGUUUUGUGAAAGAUGAUGCCUUGUGGUCUUUAGAUACAUAAAAGUUAUAGAAUUAUAUUUGAGGUUUCAGUCAGUUUUGCAAUCUUUGGCUUCAGGGUUGUAAUUGGCUACUGCUACCUUGAAGCUUGAGAUUGCAAUGUCAACCAAAACAUCAGAGAUUAUUCCUCAACUUUCUAGAAAAAUAUUAAAAAUAUUUGUGAAGUGAUUAUGUUAUUAGAGGCAAGAUUAUACGGUUAAUGUGUUAUACCUUUUUAAUUCACGGGUUGUACGUAGUAUAGUAAAGGAUCUUUAUUCAGCACAUUUGGGGCCACUACUAAGUCAGGUUACUUAACGUCAAUACAGUUUUAAUGGGAAUCCCAAGUAUAAAUUAACAAACAUUAGAAUGAUAUUCAAAACAAGUUAUAAGCUGCUCUAUGUCAAGAAAAAAACUACACACAAGUGUUACUGUUUUAGUGCGUUUGUGAUGUUAUGUUGGUUUCAUUGAAAAAACACAUUCACCAGGAAAUCCUAACGAGAGCGGCUUGAUCUGUGCCGUAUUACAGAACGUGCCCAAUUAAAGACCACAAACUGUACAUGUGGUAAAAUGUUUCAAACUGAAUUAAAUGAGCUAGUUUGUUGAGCUAAGUGAAGUUUUUUAUUUUUAUGUAUUUACUUAAAAAGGUUUGCUAUCCACCUUAUAGUCUUGCCACUGAAACAUUUAGAGUUUAAGUGUUCCUAAAAACAAAACAUUCAACAUAUCGCCAGUAUAUAAAAUACAUGAUUCUCAUUACAGAGAUUUUUGAAAUGUGAUGCUGUUAAGUUUUAAUUAAAAAUUAUGAAAAAAAAAAUUCUUAUUUAUUAUGACAAGUCCUGAUGCUCAGUUCUGAGCAUGUCCACCCCCAGGUUACACCACGGUGAUGGUAAACAUGAAACUAUGGAGGCUCACGGCAGAGCGACUCUGUGGUACCCAAUUGCCUUCCACAGCAUGGCGUGAAGGGACUAUAACACUCGGUCCUGAACUCUGAAAGGAAAUCUUCCUCAAGUGAAAAAUCUCUGAUUGGGAAUUGAACCUGGAACACUCUGGUAACCCUAACCACUGAGCCAAAAAGUCACAAUUACAGUAACUGUUAAUGUUCCAAAACUACCCUAAGCAAUCACUUCAUGUGACUUCAGGUCCUUACACCUGAAGUGUCAUAAGAGCAGCACAACAAACACUAUUGAAGAAAAUUGCAGGGUGUGCACAUAAAUAUGUAACAAAAUUUCCCUGACUUCCCAGGCCCAAAAUUAAAAAUUUCCUUAACAUAAAAAAAAUGGCGGAAGCGACAGGAUUAAAAUUAAAAAUAUUUUUAAUUUCCAUAGCGUCACUGGCGCGGCGUCAAUGAAAUGCGCAUCAGAUGUUUUCGAAAGUUGGUUAGUGGGCAUGAGAUUAUUAAUCUUGUAUUUUUAAGGUUUUUUUUACUGAAUUUAUCCAUGCACACUCUGAAAUGUGUUUACAAGUGUUGAUUGUUAGAACAGAAUGUUAAAUUUGAAUGGAACUAAUUUAUCUCAAACAUAACAAUUUAAAAAACAAACAUUGAUGGUUGUCGUAUGCUUGGUGCUUAUGUAACAGCAAGAAACAUUUUAUAUACAACAUAUUUUUAUCUUUAGUUGCCCCGCGGUUAGAUCCGUAUGUUCGCAUUAACGCGGUAUGUUUCUGGCAUGUUUUGCAUCACACCGUCGCGCUAUUGUGAUUCCAUUGUCCUAGUGGUUCACCUAGUGUACUUAGGCCCGUUCUACAAUGGCACGGAGAAGGUCUCCCAGAACAUUUCACUAUCGUGUCUCUAAUGCUGCCACAAUGCAUGGAAACAUAAUAAAUGGUAACCAAUGACAUUUUGUUUCAAGAUAACGAAAUAUUAAUUUAAUUUAAAAAAUCAAAAUGUGAUAAAAAUAGGUUGUCUGUA